CUGCUGAGAGUCAUCAUGGCCUCCCAGGCCAACCGGCUCCUCUGCCUUCUGCUUGGGCUUCAGGGCUGUCUGGCUGCAGCCACCUUCCUGCCCCAGGCGGGGUGGCUGAGGCCUCAGGAGGAGAACACAGAGGAUGUGCUGUGGAAGCCUGGCCUCAUAGAGGCGAGCAGGGCUGACCCUGGUUCUGUCCCGGGAGCUAUCUUCCUGACCCCGGAGGAAGCCCACGGCGUCCUGCGCAGGCCCCGGCGCGCCUACGGGUUCCUGGAGGAGCUCCGGGCCGGCUCGCUGGAGCGGGAGUGCAAGGAGGAGCAGUGCUCCUUCGAGGAGGCCCGGGAGAUCUUCAGGGACACGGAGAGGACGAAGCUCUUCUGGAUUUCUUACAGUGAUGGGGACCAGUGUGCCUCAAGUCCAUGCCAGAAUGGGGGUUCCUGUGAGGACCAGUUCCAGUCCUAUAUCUGCUUCUGCCUCCUUGGCUUCGAAGGCCGGAACUGUGAGACAAACAAGGAUGACCAGCUGAUCUGCAUAAAUGAGAACGGCGGCUGCGAGCAGUACUGCAGCGACCACGCGGGCACCAAGCGCUCCUGUCGGUGCCACGAGGGAUACUCACUGCUGGCAGAUGGGGUGUCCUGCAUGCCCACAGUUGAAUAUCCAUGCGGAAAAAUACCUAUUCUAGAAAAAAGAAAUGCCAGCAUCCCCCAAGGCCGAAUUGUGGGGGGCAGGGUGUGCCCCAAAGGGGAGUGUCCAUGGCAGGUGCUGCUGGUGCAGAAUGGAGCUAUGUUUUGUGGGGGGACCCUGAUCGACACCAGCUGGGUGGUCUCCGCGGCUCAUUGUUUUGACAAAAUCAAGAACUGGAGGAACAUAAGCGCGGUGCUGGGUGAGCACGACCUCAGCGAGCACGAUGGGGACGAGCAGAGCCAGCGGGUGGUGCAGGUCAUUAUCCCCAGCACGUAUGUCCGGGGCACCACCAAUCACGACAUCGCACUGCUCCGCCUGCACCAGCCUGUGGUCCUCACUGACCACGUGGUGCCCCUCUGCCUGCCUGAGCAGACAUUCUCUGAGAUGACGCUGGCCUAUGUGCGCUUCUCGUUGGUCAGCGGCUGGGGUCAGCUGCUGGACCGUGGCGCCAAGGCCCUGGAGCUCAUGGCCAUCAACGUGCCCCGGCUGAUGACCCAGGACUGCCUGGAGCAGUCGGAGAAGACGAGAGGCUACCCAAAUGUCACGGAGUACAUGUUCUGCGCCGGCUACCGGGAUGGCAGCAAGGACUCCUGCAAGGGGGACAGUGGAGGUCCACACGCCACCCGCUACCGGGGCACGUGGUACCUGACAGGCAUCGUCAGCUGGGGCCAGGGCUGUGCAGCCGUGGGCCAUUUUGGGGUGUACACCAGGGUCUCCCAGUACACCGAGUGGCUGCACAAGCUCCUGCACUCAGAGCCACAUCCAGGCAUCCUCCGGCGAGCCCCAUUUCCCUAGCCCAGCAGCCCUGCCCCAUGGAGAGAAAGCUGGGGCCAUGUAGAGCUGUCCUGGGACCAAACCCCAUCGAUUCUUCUGCAGUUCAUGGAGUAGAGGAGGGCAUGGGAGGGGUGGAGGGGUGGGGAGGGAGACAGACAGAAAGAGACUGAGGGAGACAUUCUGAGGACAUGGAGAGACUCAAAGAGACUAAUAAAGACAGAGGGCAUAGAAAGAUGAGAGGCAGAGGCAGACAGGCGCUAGAUGGAGAGCAGGACAGUGCUGCAGCUGUCCUGGACGCAGACAGCCCACCCAAGCCUCCUUGUCUCCCUUCAGCCAAGUCCACCUGCAUGUGAUCUGCUGGCCUCAGGCUACUACUGGGCCUUCACAGCUGGAGACAGUAGAGGUGUGUACACACACAGAUACCUACGCACACACACAAAUGUACACAGAUACAUGUGCACAGGGAUGCACACAUACAUAUGCACACAUGUACACACAUACAUGCGAAUGCACACGCACCAGUGCACACAGAGAUGUGCACACACACCAAUGCUGACUCCAUGUGUGCUGUCCCCCUCUCACUUUUCUCAUUCUUAUGCAAACAUUUCAUCUUCAUUUCAGACAAUUCAGAAGCAUCAGCAUGCAUGCUGUAAAUGACCCAAACUUCCCCCAACUGUAUUUCACCCUAAGCUGGGUGCCGCACUGCACAGGCUGUUCCCCACCUGCUUCCCAACUUCGCAAUAAAUAGCUGCAUCUCCUCUGUUUGCCUUUGGGGCCUCCCACCCCCUGGGUUGCCCAUGAUUCAUUUUUGGGGCUCAUCCUCUAAGCUGCUCUUUUCUUCACAGUUUUCAGCAUCACUGAAAUGACCGUUCCCAUGGGAGCUGUUUAAAAAACAAAGGUCUUGGAUAGAUGUUUGAAGCUGUAGCUGGCAGGCCCCUGUGCACCUGGAUGUUCUGUCCCUGCAGCCCUUGUCAAUGACAUUUCUCAGUGGCCCCGGGAACCCCUGCUCGAAAUCAGGAACACUUCGCUAAAUGUGCGCUCCCAGGCUCUGGCUGCAGGGGGAGGACCUGGCAGGCUGCACUCUCACCAAGUCCCCAGGGUUGGUGGGGAAGAAUGAGAAGCAUGUGAAGAAAAUCGGGAGGCGACAGACACUGCCCCCACUCCAACUCCAGCCAGCAUGGCUUGUAAAGCAGACUCGACGUCGCCCUGCAGGGCCCUCCUGGGCACCAGCGGGGCUCACAGCGGCAAGGCAGGUGCAACCCACCUCGGGGGCUCUCAGGGAACAUCUGCUUUGGAGCAGACAGGGCCUGUGAACUACGGCCCAGGACUGCUUCCAAGACACCCUGCUCUUGUAAAUAAAGCUUUCUGGGAACACA